AUGGAGCUCACACACCAGUCAGCUAUAGUGGCUUCUAACGCAAACAAGCGAAGCGUCCGAAGAGACGCGACGCGUGGCACAGUACUCUAGCUAGCUACCGCCUCCCAAGGAAGAGGAGAAAUCGAAGGCAUCCAACCAUUCGUCAUGCAUCUAGCUUCCACAAACUUUCGAUCGAUUUCACUACAAGAAGAACCCUAGUUAGUUAGCAAGUAUAAUUAGCUCACUAGCUAGUACUAGCAGCCAUGGUUGUUCAAUUGAUGCUCUUCUUCCAUGACAAAUUCAUGGCUCCAAUGGCAGAGGAGCCACUGCCCUUCGUCCUCAUCAUGAUCAUCAUCUUGCUGCUGCUGGUGCUUCUUCACUACUACCUGUCUGCAUCAACCAGAAGAUCAUCGGCGGCGAGCAAGAGCAACGAUGAUGUCCUGCCACCGUCGCCUCCGAGGCUGCCGGUGAUAGGCCACAUGCACCUCGUCGGCUCCAACCCUCACGUCUCCCUCCGCGACCUCGCCGAGAAGCACGCCGCCGACGGCUUCAUGCUCCUCCAGCUCGGCCAGGUGCGCAACCUCGUCGUCUCGUCCCCGCGCGCCGCCGAGGCCGUCCUCCGGGCUCACGACCACGUGUUCGCGUCGCGGCCGCGCUCCGCCAUCGCCGACAUCCUCGCCUAUGGCUCCUCCAACAUCUCCUUCUCCCCCUACGGCGACUACUGGCGCAAGGCGAGGAAGCUCGUCGCCGCCCACUUGCUCAGCCCCAAGAAGGUCCAGUCGCUCCGCCGUGGCCGCGAGGAGGAGGUGGGCAUCGCCGUCGCCAAGCUCCACGAGGCGGCGGCCGCGGGCGCCGCCGUCGACAUGAGGGAGCUGCUCGGCUCCUUCACCAACGACGUCCUGUGCCGCGCCGUGUGCGGGAAGUCGUCGUUCCGGCGAGAAGGCCGGAACAAGCUGUUCAUGGAGCUCGCCGCCGGCAACGCUGAUCAGUACGCUGGCUUCAACCUGGAAGACUACUUCCCGAGCUUGGCGAAGGUGGAUCUGCUGAGGCGAGUGGUGAGCGCCGACACCAAGAAGCUCAAAGAGAAGUGGGACAGUGUUCUUGGUGACAUCGUAAGCGAGCAUGAAAAGAAAUCGUCGCUGCGUCGUGACGAUCAAGUACAGAUGGAUGAUGACCGUGAUGAUGAUCAGGAGGAGCAAGAGUCAGAUUUCGUUGAUAUUCUGCUCGAUCGUCAACAGGAGUACAAUCUAACCAGGCACAAUAUCCAUGCCAUAUUGAUGGACAUGUUUGCAGCGGGGACGGACACUUCAUAUAUAGCCCUUGAAUUUGCUAUGUCCGAGCUCAUAAGAAAACCACAUCUCAUGACCAAACUACAAGAUGAAGUUAGGAAGAACACAACUACCCAAAUGGUAAGUGAAGAUGACUUGAACAAUAUGCCCUACCUAAAAGCCGUCGUAAAGGAGACACUUCGGUUGCAUCCACCAGUUCCGCUCCUCCUCCCGCGCCUCUCCAUGGCUCAGUGCAAUGCCAAUGGUUAUACAAUCCCAGCCAACACACGUGUCAUCAUCAAUGUUUGGGCUCUUGGCAGAGAUGCUAAAUGUUGGGAGAAUUCAGAAGAGUUCAUGCCAGAGAGGUUUAUGGAUAGUGGAGACACUAUAGAUAAUGUUGAUUUCAAGGGAACCGACUUUCAGUUUCUCCCAUUUGGAGCUGGACGAAGGAUUUGUCCUGGGAUGAAUUUUGGGAUGGCCUCUGUUGAGCUCAUGCUAUCAAACCUUAUGUAUUGCUUUGACUGGGAGCUCCCGGUUGGAAUGGACAAAGAUGAUGUCGAUAUGACAGAUCAGUUCGCACUUACAAUGGCGCGAAAAGAGAAACUCUACCUCAUCCCGAGAUCACACGUUAUCAAGAUCACAUAACACAACAUAUGGCCAACAUUUCAAUAGCCAUGAGUUCUGUAUGGUAGCCAUAGAUACCAAGCAAUAGCGUAGUUAUCUGCUAUAAGAUAUAUAUAAUAGUACCAAAUAAAAUAGAGAGUCCAUUCGUCUCUUGAGGGGGACAAAUAGAAGUAAAUAACAAGAAGAAAGUCAAUAUGUUUUAAAUAAAGAUGUUGAAUAUAUGCUAUAAUAUAGCAGAUGUCAAUAUGUACGUUUGUUAAGAAAUUUAUGUUGAAUUAAGUACAGGUACAUACUCUGUUUAAAUGCGCA